GUUUGCCCAAAAAUAAAGGUCCAAGUAAAACUGAAAUUGAUCUGGUCAUAAAAAUUGGGGCUUUAGUAAAAAAAAAAAAAAAAAAAAAAACAUCUGUCUCUUUCACUUCACGUUUGCGACUGUGUCGUCGUCCACCUCCGGAUCUCAUCGGCGUUUCAUCAUAAUUAUCUGUCCAUCUAUUCACCGUACGACUCCGUUUUAGGAAUCUGUGGAUGUCAAUUUGAGAGAAAAGACUGUCUUCAUUACAACACAUUUGGGACAACAAGGAUCACUCAUGGCAGUGGUGGAUGUUCAUCGUUUCGCUGAGUCAAUCACUUGCCAUGCUUGGAGUCCUGAUCUCUCCAUGGUUGCUCUCUGUCCUAACAACACUGAAGUUCAUAUCUAUAAAUCAUUGUCUCAAGACCACUGGGAGAGGUUACAUGUCCUCCAAAAGCAUGACCAAAUUGUUUCUGGAAUAGAUUGGAGCUCAAAGUCCAACAAAAUCGUCACUGUUUCUCAUGACAGGAACUCGUACGUCUGGAGCCUGGAAGGAGCUGAAUGGGUACCAACUCUCGUUAUUCUUAGACUAAAUCGUGCUGCACUUUGUGUCCAAUGGAGCCCCAAAGAGAACAAGUUUGCUGUUGGAAGUGGUGCUAAAACUGUUUGUAUUUGCUAUUAUGAGCAAGAGAAUAACUGGUGGGUCAGUAAGCUAAUCCGGAAAAGGCACGAAUCUUCAGUCACAUCUGUUGCUUGGCAUCCUAAUAAUGUUCUUCUGGCAACGACAUCAACAGAUGGAAAAUGUCGGGUAUUUUCAACAUUUAUCAAAGGAGUUGACACAAAGGAUUCAAAAGCAGGCUCACCAGCGGAAACGAAAUUUGGGGAGCAAAUUCUUCAGCUUGAUCUCUCAUAUUCUUGGGCAUUUGGUGUUAAAUGGUCUCCAAGUGGAAACACCUUAGCUUAUGUAGGUCAUAGCUCCAUGAUUUACUUUGUUGAUGAUGUUGGUCCUUCUCCUUUAGCCCAAAGCGUUGCAUUUCGAGAUUUGCCUCUUCGUGAUGUCCUGUUUAUUUCUGAGAAAAUGGUGAUAGGCGUGGGAUAUGACAGCAACCCGAUGGUAUUUGCCUCAGAUGAUACUGGAAUAUGGAGCUUUAUCAGAUACAUCGGAGAGAAGAAAGCAGCAUCUUCAAAUUCCAGUUACAGUUCGCAGUUUUCUGAAGCAUUUGGAAAAUUCUACGGCAGUCAAUCAAAGUCCACAACAGCCAACGAUGCUUCUGAAUCACGUGGAGGUGUUCAUGAUAACUGCAUAAAUUCCAUUGUGUCUCUGAGCAAAGCAGGGAGUCCUAAAGUAAUGCGAUUCAGCACUUCAGGAUUGGAUGGCAAAGUUGCCAUAUGGGAUCUGGAGAACAUGGAACAAGAACUUGGCAAUCAGUUUUAAUAAACACACAAAUAAAACAAUUCUGGCUCACAAGCAAGGUUUUACUUAAGUUUAAACUACUUUUUCAAUUUCGUAAUUGUUUCACUUUGUAAACUGCCACAAUAAAAGGCCUUAUUUUCUUGGUUUGUGUAAGGGCAGGUAUUAAUAAGUUUCUUGGCUUCAUGAUUUGAUUCAUUUAGUUAGCAUCUUGUAAUACCUUUUAUAUAUAGUAAUAUCAGCUUUGUGUCGAAAGGAGUCC